AGGGAUCUUCUGGUGUAGCUACGGGUCCGGGAAUGGCAGCUGCCAUGGUGCCGCUGGAGGUGGCAUUGAGCGGUGCAAUUGGUGCGCGCGUUCGUAUUAGCACAGCUCCACCAGCAGUAACUACCCUUGAGGGAGUUCUUUUUACGGCUUGUCCCAUCACAAACUUGGUUGCGAUCAACACAGCAGCCUCGUCCCCUGCCGCAGACACCAAACAAGGUCCAGCAGGCGAUUAUCAUGUUGUCCCGGUAUCACGCAUCCAGUCGUUUCAAAUCGUUUCUCUAGCCCCAUCUGCCAACGGCUCCGAUGGACCAUCCUUCACCGAUGCCGUCCCUGCGUUGCAUGCGCUUGAUAUUCGUGCGUUGAAGCACCGGGAGGCCACUGCGAUUGGCAAGGUACAUGAGGGCGAGGCGCGCCGUGGCAAGGGUGUCACUCGAGAUGCACAGGAUAUCUUUGAUGCUUUUAGUCGGACCAUGCCCGCAAGAUGGGAUGGAUCCAAUGUCGUCGUGGCAGAUGCGGUCACGAUUGCACCCCCAUACCGUGUCGAUGACUGUCGGCCGCUGGUGGCAGGUGACACAGCUGCACUUGCCAGAAUCCGGAAAGUGCUUGAGAUGGAACGUAAGAAGAUCGAACUCCGCAACGCCAGUUCAAGCAUUGGCAACGCAAACACCUUCCGCCCUGCCGGUUCUAACAACUCCGGUGCUUCCCCAGGGCCUGGUGCUGCUGGGCAAAGAAAGGGUGGUUGAGCGCAUUAGAAAUUUCUUUCCUUUUCUUUUCUCUGUUAUAGUAUUAUCCGAAGCGCGAUCAUGUGGGGUGAAACCACCUAUCAGCGCUUAGGGAGAAGAAAAAGGGAACCGUGUUUCCCUGAAGGUCGAAUAUAUGUGGCAAAUGAGAUGAAAGCAUUGGGGAAUAGCGAGGCAUGGAUACUGUAUAAGACCAGAGGAAGUGUCUUUUGACGAUGACCUGGGUGAUAGCUCAGGAGACGGGAGUUGCCGGUGUUGGAUGCAUACGGGCAGGAGUCGUGCUUGUGUAUCUCUCGCCAUUGGGGAUUGCAUUUAACUGGCUACCUAGAGUCUUGUAGAUCAUGUUGAGAAGACGUUGAUCCCUAGAAAAUGAU